AUGGACGAUUCGCCAUGGGGUGACGUUCCAUCCCAAUCGCAGUCAGAUAACCCGCAGGAUUUGGCCAGCUCUGCCAAACCCAAUGACGCCCCCUCCUCCACGAAGCAGACAUCCUCCGGCCCGCGGCCUCCAUCGUCUCGAAAAAUCCCGGCCCGCAAGAUCGAGGUUCAACCGACCAAGCUCGAGGCCGUGGACGAUUCCCUCGACCCUCUCGGUCCCCUGGGCGCAGAUCCAGCUCCAGUGGCGUCUACCAUAUCUGCAGAACAAGCGCCGACCCCGCCGAGGAAAGAACUCGCGGCACGAGUGAACCGACAGCCUUCUGCGACGUCGCCUGGGUUCGCCGGGUCGGAAUAUGAAGAUACCACUCUCCCACUCGGACGACCCAAGGGUCCCCCGCCGGUUCAGCCGCAGAGCAGCGCUCCUGCCAUCCGACAAACCCCGUCCAGUGUGAGCGUGGAACAGGCCGCCAAACCGAGCUUUGAGAUCCAAGUGGGCGAUCCCCACAAGGUCGGGGAUUUGACCAGCAGCCACAUUGUAUACCAAGUCCGCACAAAGACGACCUCGAAAGCAUACAAACAACCCGAGUUUGCCGUGUCCCGCCGGUAUCGGGAUUUCCUCUGGCUCUACAACGCAAUGCACAACAACAACCCCGGCGUGGUCGUCCCGCCGCCUCCCGAGAAGCAAGCCGUGGGUAGGUUUGAUAGCGAAUUUGUCGAGUCGAGGCGCCAGGCGUUGGAGCGAAUGCUCAACAAGAUCGCCGCGCAUCCGAUCCUCCACCACGAUGCCGACCUCAAGAUCUUCCUCGAAAGCGACGCUUUCAACAUUGACGUCAAGAACAAGGAGAACCGGGAACCGGACCUGGGCCAGAACAAGGGUAUGCUGAGUGCCAUUGGGAUCAACGUCGGUUCGUCGAGCGGCAAAUUCGUCGAGCACGACGAUUGGUUCCACGACCGCAGAGUCUACCUGGACGCCCUGGAAAACCAAUUGAAGGCGUUGAUGAAGGCCGUCGACGCCGUCGUGGACCAGAGAAAGGGUCUUGCUGCCGCGGCAGGCGAGUUCGCCGCGUCGGUCAACAGCCUCGCUCAGGUCGACCUCUCGCCCGCCUUCUCCGGUCCGUUGCAAGGGCUGUCGGAUGUGCAGAUGAGGAUCCGGGAGCUCUACGAAAGACAGGCACAACAAGAUGUUUUGACUCUCGGGAUUACCGUGGACGAGUAUAUCAGACUUAUCGGCAGUGUCAAGCAGGCUUUCACUCAGCGGCAGAAGGCAUUCCAUUCGUGGCACGCCGCAGAGAGCGAACUGGCCAAACGGCGGAGCGCCCACGAGAAGCUUCUCCGGCAGGGCAAAAGCCAACAGGACAAGCUGAACGAAGUCGGCGCCGGCGUUAGCGACGCAGAGAAGAAGGCACACCAAGCCCGAUUAUUGUUUGAAGAUAUGGGUCGGUUGAUGAGGGGAGAACUGGAAAGAUUUGAGCGGGAGAAGGUGGAAGAUUUCAAGAGUGGCGUGGAGACGUUUUUGGAGGGUGCUGUCGAGGCUCAGAAAGAGCUGAUUGAACUGUGGGAAACGUUCUUAUUACAAAUGGACGCCGAAGACGAGGCUCCUCUCAAGGGUCAGCCGGCUUCAGGCGAGCCGGUAACAGAAAGCCCUGGCCCAACCGGGCAGGCUGGUGAGGGCGAGGCUGGUGAAGCUCACGAGACUGCCGCCCCGGCCACGGCGACAGACGUCGCUCUCGAGCAGGAUGCCUAG